GAACAUGAGGCUUGUUAAGUACGCACUUAAGCAUAAGAAAGCUAAGCCAAAGAGGUUCGGAAGGAAAGCUUCAAAAUUGGAGUUGAUGUACCUAAGAGAUAUGCAUGAUAAGCUUGAUUAUGUGUCCAAUAUGAAAUACUCAGAGCAUGCCUCUGUAAACUCGCCAAUCUAUCAGGAGAAUUUCAUGGUGUUUGCAAAUCAUGCUCUCGUUUGUGGUGUCACCGAAGAUGACUACAACCUUCAUGAUAGAGUCCUCACAAGCAUGGAGAAGUUCAAGCCAGAAUGAAUAGUUUUAGGCAGGAUGUGAUACACUGAUAUGGAGCAACUGAGGCACGGGAAUAGAGUUAGCUUUUAUCCUCCAAUCUAUGAACCAAUUUCUCGGGAACAGACUAUGGCAACAAUGGAAUUGGAUAAGUUUAUUAGACAAGAUUUGGAAACAUCUCCAUUUUUCUUUGAUGAUGUUUAUGAAGAAUCAAGUGUAUUUUUGGCUGAUCAUAAGCUGAAGAGAAAGAUAUCUCAGACAGAGUUGUCUCUUGCCAAAAUUUUCUUAGAGCAUAAGAAAAGACAGUUUUUCUUCGGAGCUCCCAACAAGUUAUUCGUUCUUGAGGAUAUCUGUCUUAACUAUUCUCUGGAUCAAUUGAAAGAGAAGUUUUUGGAUGGGAUCGAGAACUAUAAGUCUAGAAACAAGGAAGGGCUCUAUGUCCCUCAGACUGAACCUGCAGACUACAAAUUUAAUUUCCGCCAGUGGGCGCUAAAAGAUCAUAAAAUGUAUUCUACUGAGAUGAUGUACACUGCUGCUAUGACUAGGAAGCUUUUAAAGCUUUAUAAGAAAGUUGGACUAACUUGUGAGAAUCAUCAUGCCAAGAAGAUUAGAAAGUACAUUGAGGAUCCUAAUCUCCCCGAAUUCGACAAGAUCUUUCACCAAGAUGAGUACUUUUCAAAGCUCAAAUCCGUUCUUGCUAGAGAUGAAGACUGUGAAGUCCUGAUAGAAAAGCUUGCAAUUCUUUCCUAUCUUCAUAGUGAUUAUUUUAGAUCCUUCCUCGAGUGAGGAGUCAAUCCUCUUCAUCAGAUGUUCUCCUCUAGAUAUGAAUAUAUCCCAUUAGAGGAUCUACUUGUCAUAUUUUAUGAGAAGUUAGAGCCUUACCAGAAGAUCAUCAAGGACUCUUUCUUCAGACAGCUGACUUCUCUGGAGACAUACCCAUCUUAUGGGAGAGACUUGAUUGAACCAUACAAGGAGACUAUUAGCAGGAUCAAUAAGAAGAGACACAAGGAUUAUGAAUAUCCUGUGGAUGUACUGGAAAAUCAGAAAUCAUUGAUGUACUCCAACUGUAUAAUUAUGAAGAAGAUAUAUGAAAUUAUUUGGGAGAGGGAACAAGAAGGGAUCGAUCAGACCCAGACCAAGAUAGAUCUCUAUGAGUUUUUCCAAAAGAUACCGACCAGAGGGAACCUUAUUGUUUUCCAACAACUUUUUGCUGAAGCUAAUGCUCAACUUGGCCUUCUGAGGCUCCCUGAAGAUUUCAUCCGUCACAAAGAGCUUAUUUAUAGGCAAACCUAUAAGAUGGUAAAGGAAAACACAGGAAAAGAUGAAAGAAUAUUAGAGAAGGAAAUGAUGAUUGCAGAGCAAACCAAUAGUUUAAACAAGUUUUAUAAUCCAGAAACUAUCUACAGUGAAGUUAACCUUGAUGGAAGAGUCAAGCCUCUGGAUGUAAUUGCUAAGAAAGAAGGCAAAGAACUUAUCUCUGAGAAUGAAGAUUUGGGACACGAAGAGAAAGAAAAGCUGUUCAAUGAGUGGUUUGACAGACAUUAUAAGUUAGAGGAACUGAGGUCAAAACAUCCAGAUAAGGCAGCCCAGAUUGAUCAAGCUCAAUCCUCCAUUAAAGGAGGAUACAAGAAGGAUAUUAAAGAACUAGAAUAUGUGACAAAUUACAAAGGAGAGAUGAUUAAGAAGAAUGAUGCUGAAAUGAACUACAUGUUGUUUUCUAAAGAAGGCAACAAAAUGCCUCUAAAUAUUAAAGAGGCAACUAUCAAUGGGAAGACUAUUAAACUACCAGACAAACUGACUAGAAACAAUCUGAAGGAGCUCGGUUUUAACGAUGUUGGCGUUGUGAACAUUCGAAAGGGGCAAGAUGGUGAUUAUAAAGCAUUUAUUGAUGAAGAAAACAAAGAUGAGGUAAAUAAGACUUUAGAAGAAGUUUUUGGGAAACAAAUUCAAGUGCAAGAUGAGUUGGAGGCAAGUGCUGAUGUUGAAGACCCAGAGUAUCCUUUAUCUCCACAAGAUAUUUUCAAAUCUAUUAAUUUAACUGAGGAGCAGAUAAAGAACAAAGAACAUGCUGAUAGGAUGUUGCAAGCAUUCCUUAAUGGAGAAGAAUAUGAUCAUGAGGAAUACUAUGAAAUUCUUGACAGAAAUCCCCGCAUGAAAAGGAUAGCAGAGCAAAACAAGAAAUUGAAGAAGCAAAGAAUUCUUAAAAAGUUAAAAGAUGAAAAAGAGCUCUCACGACUAGGAAAGAUUGUUGAAGAGAAUGAAAAGAAGCACGAAAAAUAUCUUGAAGAUACUAGAGAUCAUAGAACUGAGCAAAAAGUCGAAGAGACCAUAGAUACACUUAUGAAGGAUGAAUGGAGCAGAAUUAGGAUUGCACAGCAAAUGUCGAAAGUUACAAAGAUAGAUGAAGGCCAAGAAAAGAUUAGCUCUUACCUCAAAGAGACUGAAGCAGAAAUUAAGAAGGAAUUUGAUGAUAUACUCUAA